AUGAAGACGAACAGUAGAAGCUGCUUGGUGGCUCUGCUUGUGCUCUGGGUGCUCGCCUUCCUGGCAUUGCAAAAUUUCGAGAAGAGACCUGCGACGAGCUCCAGUGCCCGGAUGCUAUUGCAAUCCAACAACUCCAACGUGCCGGACUGUCAGAGAGUUUGCGGCAACGUCAAUAUCACGUACCCCUUCGGUUUAUCAGCACAAUGCGCCUUCAGCUCCUACUAUGUGCUGAAUUGCACGGACGACCUGGGACCAAAUCUCAUGACGAAUAGAUCAGACCCUGGUCCGUGGCCGGUUCUGAUUUACAUAUCGGCCACAUCCAAUCUCCAACAAUAUUUCAACAACAAUGGCACCAUAGCUGAUGGAUAUUUCGAGGUGCCUUUUCUGCCAGUAACGCAAAUAUAUCCUGACCACAUAACCGUAGAUGCGACGCAAAUUAAAGCGAUGGGUUGUUGGGCUACGGUCAAUGCCAGCCUUUCUCUGGACGCGCAAAGCCCUUACUGGAUUUCUCAGAACAACUUCUUCAUCGUCGUAUCUUGCGAUGCUGAAGGAACGGUUUCGGGUUUUGGUGAGUAUCCUGCUGUAAAUUACAGCACGUCGUGCGGCCCAAUUCCGUGUCUCAACUCGUUGGUGGCGCCGUACUGUAACGACUAUGACUGCUGCAUUCAGCCCGUUGGAUUGACCAAGCAACUGACUAUGUCAGGGGGAGGAGUAGCUUUUCAAGAAUUCCCGAAUUGUGGCUACUCCACCCUUCUGUACCCAAGUACGUUUAAUCUACCAGGGAGAGGAUAUACACCAGGGGAAGGAGUUGGUGAGGGAACGUACGGAGUCGCUCUGUGGUAUAACAUCCCAUGGGCUGCGACUGUUACCAACUGCACUGAAGCUGCAAAGGAUCAAGACAAAUUUGAAUGCUCCAAUAAUGGAACAUGCCAUGUGCAGCUCGACGGCUACUACUGUCAAUGCCAGACGCCGGGCUACGAGGGAGAUGGUUAUGCAUUGGGCACCGGCUGUAAAGGCAAGUUGGGGCUUAUAAUUUGCUCGUGCAUCUACAAUUGCGAUUUCUGCCCGUCUUGUUCCAGAUCCUUCGCUUCCUUGAAAGUCUAA